UAUUGAUUCUGUUAAUUGAAUCUCAGCGGGAUAUCAGGCUUUGGAGAGUGAUUUUGCGUCUUGGAUCAACAACCUAUAUAUUGUUCCGUGUGCAUAUCGUCUAAAGAAAGUCGAUUCCUACAUACACUUGACUCGUCUUUCCAUAUCUUGCUCCAACACUUCAAAAAAUGGCUGAGGAAGGAAUCAAGGCGGUUUCCGUAUUGUAUUGUGGUGUGUGCACUUUCCCACCAGAGUACUGUGAAUUUGGAGGAACACUAGCAAAGUGCAAAGAAUGGCUGGAAGACGCGCACCCAGACGUGUACAGCAGGAUUUACUCAGAAGACUCGCUAGCUAAAACCACAGAAGGACUAUCGCUCGAAGCCAAAGAGAAAGUGGAGCGCGAGAUCCAGAAGCUACAAGCCAAGGAAGCCACAAAAGCCGAGAAAGAGCUCAAGAAGAAGUUGGCCAGUAAAGUCAUCGUCAAGCGAGUUGAGCGGUCAAAGAGGAAACAUGUCAUUGCCGUCUCUGGACUUGAGGUGUUUGGUAUCGAUCCCAAGAAGUUGGCGAAAACUUUUGCUUCCAAGUUUGCCACUGGUGCGUCUGUUACGAAAAACGUUGAGGGAAAGGAUGAGAUUAUCAUUCAGGGAGAUGUCGGCGAUGAGGUGGAAGAUUACGUGACUAGCUUACUUGAGGAGAAGGGACUGGACGGUAUCAAGGUGGAACGAACAGAGGAUAAGCCGAAGAAGAAGACGCAGCAGUAAGCGCAACUUAUCCUGGUACUUUUUACGAGCUGUAUAAUAUAUCUGGACAAUAUCAACGGUUUUGAUUCAUCCUCGAGUUUACUUAUCUACGCUCAAUCGCAGAUUGUCUUUUGCUUUCGAAAACACGUAUAUUAUAUAAAACUAACGCAAGUAACCAAAAGUGUACAAAAAAAGCAAACGUUAAGGAGAGACUUUGUGACUGUUGAAGUUGCGACUGUUGAAGUUGUGUGUGUGGGUGGCAUCCUUCUCAU